CCAACACACUGGUAUCUCAUAGAAUGAGCACCGUCGAACAUCCAGUGGUUGAUGACAAUGACUGGCUCGUUCAGUCUGCUGUGUUGACUUUUCUUCAAAUAUGGUCAUGGGCCCAUCGUGUCCAAUCCUUUUGCUUCUCGUGUUAAUAUACACCUCCACUGUCGCUGUUUCGUUCUAUAUUCAGGUUCCUCAAACGUCUGCGACUAUCAUUGGUGCUACGACUGGCUCAGUAGUUGCUGUUCAUGCAGGUUCUUUGACGUUUGUGAAGGCUGGUAUUUUGUUCAAGGGAUCCAGCAAUUGUCUCUUACGCCACGCCAGGCGCAACUCCUGAGCCAACAGGCAAUGCUGCACAAAUCGGGGCGGUUGAAAUUAAUAUCCAAGAAACAAGUGCCAGUCCCUCUGCCGCUAAUAUGGG